GACGCCCUGCAAAGUGGCCGGUGUGCUUAUCAUUACCGAGCUUCCGCGGGCCUGCAGAGCCUGGCUGACUCAGACUUCUCUCCGGAGCGGGAUGCGGCCUUACCGCGACCUCGCACUUCUCGCCGGCUUCCCGUGUUCCCGGGGCGGGGCUUGUAUGUUUUUACUUCCGGAUCCCACAGCUAUGACACCGGAAGCCGGAAGCGGGGCUUUCGACAGCGGAGAAGGAAAGGGCGACCGCGGAACUGGAACUUUCUCGGAGCGCCGGGGCCCUACCUGCGUUCACAGUCCGCCGCUCCCACCCUUCUCACGUCUGACCGACUCUGCUGACAGCCCCUGCCCUGUUGGAUGAGCAGGCACCUCUGGAAGAGCCAACUGUGUGAGAUGGUGCAGCCCAGUGGUGGCCCGGCAGCAGAUCAGGACGUGCUGGGUGAAGAGUCUCCUCUGGGGAAGCCAGCCAUGCUGCACCUGCCUUCAGAGCAGGGCACUCCUGAGACUCUCCAGCGCUGCCUGGAGGAGAAUCAAGAGCUCCGAGAUGCCAUCCGGCAGAGCAACCAGAUGCUGCGAGAGCGCUGCGAGGAGCUUCUGCAUUUCCAAGCCAGCCAGAGGGAGGAGAAGGAGUUCCUCAUGUGCAAAUUCCAAGAGGCCAGGAAACUGGUGGAGAGACUCAGCCUGGAGAAGCUCGACCUGAAGAGGCAGAAAGAGCAGGCUCUGCGGGAGGUAGAGCACCUGAAGAGAUGCCAGCAGCAGAUGGCUGAGGACAAGGCCUCUGUGAAAGCCCAGGUGACAUCCUUGCUCGGGGAGCUGCAGGAGAGCCAGAGUCGCCUGGAGGCUGCCACUAAGGAAUGCCAGACUCUGGAGGGUCGGGCCCGGGCGGCCAGCGAGCAGGCGCGGCAGCUGGAGAGUGAGCGUGAGGCACUGCAGCAGCAGCACAGCGUGCAGGUGGACCAGCUGCGCAUGCAGGGCCAGAGCGUGGAGGCCGCACUCCGCAUGGAGCGCCAGGCUGCCUCGGAGGAGAAGCGGAAGCUGGCCCAGUUGCAGGUGGCCUAUCACCAGCUCUUCCAAGAAUACGACAACCACAUCAAGAGCAGCCUGGUGGGCAGCGAGCGGAAGCGAGGAAUGCAGCUGGAAGAUCUCAAGCAGCAGCUCCAGCAGGCCGAGGAGGCCCUGGUGGCCAAACAGGAGGUGAUUGAUAAGCUGAAGGAGGAGGCCGAGCAGCACAAGAUUGUGAUGGAGACCGUUCCGGUGCUGAAGGCCCAGGCGGACAUCUACAAGGCGGACUUCCAGGCUGAGAGGCAGGCUCGGGAGAAGCUGGCCGAGAAGAAGGAGCUCUUGCAGGAGCAGCUGGAGCAGCUGCAGAGGGAGUACAGCAAACUGAAGGCCAGCUGUCAGGAGUCGGCCAGGAUCGAGGACAUGAGGAAGCGGCAUGUUGAGGUCUCCCAGGCCCCCUUGCCCCCCGCCCCCGCCUUCAAAGCAAUGCUAAUGCGUCGUAGCUGGCACCAAGACUGUGGACUGAAGUGCUCCUGCUGAAGGUAAAUUUGAGACAUGACCACAGCGUUUGUCAAGAGGACACUGCUGCCAACCAGUUUGAGUUGCCAUUGGCUACGAAUGGAGCAUCAGAAGGAACAAUGGCCCUUCCUGCCGGCUGCUCUGCCGGUCUUCCUUCCCGCCUCUCUUCCUCGAUCCUGUCCUUCUCCCCAUCUUCUUCCAAAAGCCCCUGGGAUUGGGGGCCCACUCAAGGCAAGUGUGGAGGGCGGCUGGGGACCAGUGUGAAGCAUGAUCCUCCACUGAGCGCAGCAGUGUCCUGCACAAGGAAGUUUUGUGGAGUAAGGAAGGGAGUCGGCGAGGGUGACAGUGUCCUGGGGAGGGGUCAGGGGUCCAAGAGAGGAACGUGUGCCAAGUUGGGUGGUGACCUGAUGGGCUCAGAUGAUUGAUUGGCUUUGCAGUAAAUAUAUGAAUGAUGUAGGGACCUGGCUUUCUCACCAUUUGGAAAAGGAGUUGCAGAUAUGAAAAGGGAGAAGGCUUGAAUGUGGGUUCGAUUUGGAGUUGUUGGUGUGAACUCAUUGAUCUAGUCUGAAUGUUUGUCCCCACCCAAAUCUCAUGUUAACUUGUAAUCCCCAGGGCUGGAGGUGGGGCCUGGUAGGGGGUGUUUGGGUCACGGGGGUGGAUCCCUCAGGAAUGGCUUAGUGCCGUCUUCGUGAUAGUGAGUUCUCGAGAGAUCUUGUCAUUUUAAAGUGGGUGGCAUUCCCCCCUUCCCCCCACACAUUCUCAUUCUCUCUCUCUCUCUCCCUCACUCGCUCCUGCUUUCGCCAUGAGAUACACAAGCUCUCGCUUUGCCUCCCACCACAAGUAGAAGCUUCCCGAGGCCUCUCUAGAAGCCGGGCAGAUGCCAGCACUAUGCUUCCUGCAGAGCCUGCAGAACCAAGAGCCCAGUAAAUCUCUUUUCUGUAUAAA